UUCCAACUGGCCCAAGAAGAGGAGACAUUCCCUGGGCUGUCAACUACAGUUAACAACUCCCAGUCACCAGAAGCUGUCGUCGUGGGUCUUAGUGGUGACAGUACCGAUCCUGGCAACAUCGUCUACAGCGGCAGUGGUGCUGACCUCAUUAACACCCCCGUCAUCCACAACAUUGAUAUCGGCCAGGAUCACCACAUCGAGGAUUAUCACGAUAAUAACAACUAUGACAGGAGCAACACUGCAGGGCUGGCGUAUGAUCAUGGCACAUAUCAGGAUGUUGUUAGCGCUGAGUUAG